CGAGGACGAGAUCGAGGCUUGAGCUCCGCUUCUCUGUCCUGUCCACAGCAAGUUAUGCAUGCUUACCUUUUCUCUGCCCAGGUUGAAUCCUGCACCCAUGCUAGCAAUUCAGCAGCCACAAUGGCAUCCGCCGCUAGCUCCAACAACACCGCCACGCCCGACCUCGACCUGGAAGCGCAAGUGCCCACGGUGAGCGAGAUCGCGCGGUCCGUGUUCCCAGGGGCUUCCCCGACGAAGGCGCAGCUCGCAACCUCUCUCUGGGCAGUGGGUUCUGCCAGUUUCGCGUUCGGCAUGAGCACCGCCUUCCACCCGCCGCAGGCCGGACCAAUCUUCGGUCCUGUUUUCUGCUACCUCAUCCUCGCCGUGGUCGUCGCCACCGCCGCCGCCGAGAUGGCGACGUCCGUCUUUCUGCACAUCCCGGCCCUCUCCGGCAAGCCGCGCCUCCAGGCCUUCGCGAGGCGUCUUCUGCCGUGCGGGUACCUUGUCCUCCUCGUCUCCGUCUCCGCCAGCGGCCUCGCCAUCCCAUUCAAGCCCUGAUGACCCAAGUACUACACGCUAGUCCAAGCUAGUCAAGAGUCCGGUGCUGCAAGUGGUAUUGUGGAAAUAUAUGCGGAGGUGAGUUGGUCCUACAAAUAAUCCUAACCGGUUCUGGCAUCUUAGAGAACACGGAGUGUUGUUCGAUCGAGUAUAUAUAUCUGCUUUGCUAUGCUAUAUGCUAGUACUAGUUGCUAGGUGCAGGCUAGGUUGGCCAUAUAUUUACACAUGUGUAUAUGAUUCUUUUAUCUCGCCAAAAAAAAGUAUACAGGAUUCUUUUAUGGUGGUUUUGUAUGUAUAAUUCUUUGCAUCAGGGUAUCUGUACCGUGAUAAUUAGAAGAAUAAAGAGAUUCCGUGUGUUUUUUUUUCGGGGAGUGU